AUGGCGCAUGAGGCUGCUCCCGAACGGGCUCGUACAAUUCUGGCUUCGGUGACGGGCAUCGACACCAAGCUCUCGUCGUUCCAGAUCGAGAUCACGGCAACCGUCACGGAGAUGCGCUCGGACUACAGUCAAUUGGCCGCGAGGAUGGACGUACUCGAGGCAAGUAUGGAGCAAGACCAAUCGAGCGAGGACGUCAUGGCCGACCUUUCUGCGGAGGCGGAGCGUCAGGUCAGGAUGCAGAAGCUCGAGUCCAUGGUCCAGAAGUUGGAGAGCCAGCUCAACGACACGCCUACCGACG